AUGGGUGCCGUGAAGCUCAACUCCAAGAACCUGGCCCAAAUCAAGGCCGCCAACCCCUCCAUUGAGAUCCCCACAUUCAAGCGCGGUGAUGCUGUCAAGGAGGGAAUCGUCCACGUCGGCGUGGGUGGUUUCCACCGUGCCCAUUUGGCUGUCUACAUCAACCAGUUGAUGGAGCACCAUGGCUUGACUGACUACGCAAUUUGCGGUGUUGGCUUGCAACCGUUCGAUGCUGGCAUGCGCGAUGCCCUCAACUCCCAGGACUGCCUCUACACCGUCGAGGAGCGUUCCGCGACUGGCAGUGUCGCCAAGGUCAUGGGUGGCAUUAACUCAUACCUCUUUGCUCCUGAUGACCGUGAGGCUGUUAUUGCGAAGAUGGCUCACCCCGAUACCCACAUUGUCUCUCUUACCAUCACUGAGAGCGGCUACUUCUACAACGAAAACACACAUCAAUUGCAGGUCGAGAACCCCGAUAUCCAACAUGAUCUUGAUACCAAAAACCUCCCCAUCACCACCUUCGGUUUCCUUCACCACGCCAUGGCCCGCCGUCGCGAGCAAGGCCUGAACCCAUUCACUGUUAUGUCUUGCGACAACAUGCAGGGUAACGGUGCUAUUACUCGCAACAUGCUUACCUCCUUCUCCCGCAUUAUCGAUCCUUCCCUUGCAGACUGGAUCAACACCAAGGGCCACUUCCCCAAUGCCAUGGUCGACCGUAUUACUCCCUCCACAGCCCCCGCCGAUAAGGUUUCCCUCGCCGAGCAGUUCGGCAUUGAUGAUGCCUGGCCUAUUGUCACCGAGCCCUUCAUGCAGUGGGUUAUCGAAGAUCACUUCUGUGACGGUCGCCCUCCCUUCGAGAAGGUCGGAGUUCAGAUUGUCAAGAACGUUCAAAAUGUCGAGGAGUUCGAGAAGCACAAGCUCCGUUUGCUCAACGGUAGCCACGCCAUUAUUGCCUACGGUGGCCAAUUAGCAGGAUACAAAUAUGUCCACGAAGUGAUGGAGAACCCCCUGUUCGCCAACGCUUCGCCAACCCCCCCGAUCCGCGAUCAGCUUCCCCGCAUCUGUGGUGGUGGUACCGGCAAGAUUCCCCAGUUCAUUAUGCCCACUAUCGCCGAGGCUAUCUGGGUGACCGGUCCCUUCCGUCGUCUGUGUUUCACCGCCGCCACCUGGUUCCACUACAUCCACGGUGUCGAUGACAAUGGCAACAAGUUCGAGGUUCAGGAUGCUAUGCUCGAUGAGCUCCGCGUUCUUGCUAAGCCUGGUGACCCCAAUGGUGUGCUCAGCAUCAAGAGCCUGUUCGGUGACGAUCUGCGUGGCGACAAGCGCUUCGUGGAGACUCUGACCAUCGCCUUGGAGGACAUCGCGCGCGAUGGCGUCAUCAAAUCUCUCCCCAAGUAUAUCGACUAA